AUGUCGAAAAGCGCUUUGAUUAUUUUGGCCCCAGAAGGAGCUGAGGAGACUGAAGUCAUCAUCCCAGGAGACGUAUUGACACGUGGUGGAAUUCAGGUUGAGUAUGCAGGACUUGAAGGGAAAUGUCCGAAGACUGGAAUGAUGAGACCGGUAAAAUGUGCAAAAGGAGCCCAGAUUAUGCCUUCUGCGUCGUUUGAUGACGUGAAAGAUAAGAAAUUCGACAUAGUAAUCAUCCCAGGUGGCCCUGGAAGCUCUACGUUGGCUGAGAGCUCGUGUGUCGGUGGAGUAUUGCAAUCUCAGUUCAAGUCUGGCGGACUAAUUGGAGCAAUUUGUGCUGGUCCGACAGUUCUCUUGAAACACGGAAUUAAAGUUGAUGAGGUCACUGGACAUUACAGUGUCAAGGAUAAGCUAAUCGAAGGAGGUUACAAAUACUCCGAGGAUCGUGUCGUCGUCAGUGGCAAAGUAAUCACUUCUCAAGGACCCGGAACUGCAUUUGAAUUUGCUUUGAAAAUUGUGGAGAUCAUGGAAGGGGCGGAGAAAGCGAAGGAACUCGUCAAGCCACUCUGUUUCAAAUGUUAA